CUGGUUUCCCAGGUGUUCACCCCACACCGUAAAGCUCGAGCCACCAUACGACCGGGGCACCGUUUGGAGCUUGGAGAUGCGCCGUGUUGGUUGCAACGGCAUCAUCGACGAGACGAAGAAGUGUUGGACGAUAAGCUGCGUCCCUUUCUCUACAAGCUUAAUUGACGACAACCGUACUUUCGGUCUUCUCUCGCGAGUCGCCCACGUCUAGCAGCAAUGCCUACUCCCGAAUCGGCGGCCUUCCUGGCCAAGAAGCCCACCGUCCCGCCUACUUUCGACGGCGUCGACUACAAUGAUACGAAGCGCCUGAAGCAGGCCCAGGAUGCCAUCAUCCGCGAGCAAUGGGUCCGAGUUAUGAUGGGUCGCCUGGUGCGGGAGGAGUUGUCCAAGUGCUACUACAAGGAGGGCGUGAACCAUCUGGAGAAGUGCGGACAUCUGAGAGAACGUUACCUCCAGCUACUCUCCGAAAACCGUGUCCAGGGUUAUCUUUUCGAGCAGCAGAACCAUUUCGCGAACCAGCCAAAGCAAUGAUUUCUCCACCAGCAUUCUGAGAACGGACCGGAGGGUACAAACUGGAGCUGAUUUGGGGCUGGAAUGAUAUGGGCAGCGAGAGUUUGCAGGGCAGUGCGCUCGAGAACCGGAGAGCGAGUCAGUCAUGGUCGAACCAGGAAGGGGCCCCAUAUCAUCGCGGACCACCCUUUCAGACAUCCGGCCUCAGCAACCCCCAGAGAGUGCUCGGGCCCUUUUAUGAGACUUACGAGCGGGCAUGUAAAUAUUUACACUACAGCAGAACUCGGCAACAACAGACACACGGAGGACUAGAGGAAUACAGGACUCAAUUUGGCCUCCAUUUUUUGCAGAUAGGUUGUCUGUACAGCUCGCAGGUCUGGACUAUACAUUGCUUAUGACAGCCCUGGGAACCCUGCUGCAGCGGUUCCUGUCCAAUAUCAAAAUUGCCCAAAUGCUAUUUUCCACCCGCCGUAGAAAUUUUUAGCUCCCGUCCCACC